GCUGGCAUGGAUGUCUGUUUUAUCCUUUGACAAAAAUUGUAAAAAUGAAAGUCCUGUCACAAUAACAAGACGUUUGAAUAGCAGAAUAUCAAGCACAAAUAUAUCCAUUAUCAUUUGAAAUAAUUUCCAUAGUGCGGCCGUCGUGUACAAAAUGACUAUGAUCAUAAUUAAUGUCUGUGAUAGAGUGUGCAGUAUUUGGUAGUAAAUUUGCCUAAUAAUAAUAAUAGUUAUAAUAAAAGUGUAAAGUGUGUUUUAAGUGAUAAAAUGACAUCGAAGUUUAUUGGCUGUUCAACAAGUAUUAUCGCUUUAUUAUCCUUUCUAGUUAAGUAUUCAUUAUGUGCCGAUUUGGUGAUAGAAAUUCCAGGAAACCUCGGUGGGCAAUUAGGGGCUUUUUACAGGCUCGACUACAGGCCCCCAGUCGGUGUACCAGGACCCAAUACCACCAUACCAGCAGGUGACGUUGUGGGCGAUGUGAUACAAUUUUCCAAGGGCCUACCUGGCACUAAAUACGAAUUUAGAUUAUAUUAUUCUAAUGAUACCUUAAAAGAUUGGUUGACGUGGACCGCAAGUAUUACGACAGCUCCUGAUCCACCAUCAAACCUUUCGGUGAAUGUUCGAGGAGGCAAACAGGCUCUGGUGUCAUGGAAUCCUCCAAACCAGGGACAUUUUUCUAGUUUUAAAUUAAAGGUUAUUCCAAUAUCUGAUCCCCAAUCUGGUACACAAUCCAUAUCGAUAGCUGAAGGAGUUCAGCAAUAUUCUUUAAGAGAGUUGACACCAGGUGCUACCUAUCAGGUUCAGGCUUAUACUCAGUACGAGGGGAAGGAUUCUGUGGCUUAUAGUAGCAGAAAUUUUACCACAAAACCAAAUACUCCAGGAAAGUUUAUCGUCUGGUUCAGAAAUGAAACGACUCUGCUAGUUCUGUGGCAACCACCUUAUCCUGCAGGUGUUUAUACACAUUAUAAGGUAUCCAUUGAACCUCCGGAUGCCUUAGAAAGUAUUCUAUACGUCCAGAAGGAAGAAGAGCCUCCUGGUCCUGCACAAGCUGCAUUCAAAGGACUAGUUCCUGGUCGAGCGUACAACAUAUCAGUUCAGACGAUGUCAGAAGAUGAAAUCAGUGCCCCGACAACUGCUCAAUACAGAACCGUUCCUUUGAGGCCUCUGAAUAUAACAUUCGACAAAAACUCAAUUACUAGUCAUUCUUUUAAAGUUUUGUGGGAGGCUCCUAAAGGAAUCAGUGAAUUUGACAAGUAUCAGUUAUCCUUGGCGUCUUUGAGACGUGUCCAGCCAGUGACCAGGAAUAGAGAGGAUCAAAAUUCUUGGGAAUUUAGAGAUCAUUUGGAACCUGGACAGAAUUAUCAGGUUGUUGUUAAAACGGUUUCUGGUAAAGUCACUUCGUGGCCUGCUACAGGAGAAGUCACACUGAAACCUCUCCCUGUGAAAGAUCUUCGUACAGACACAAACGACAGAACAGGAAUCAUUUCGAUAUCCUGGUCAGCACAGAACACGAGCAAGCAGGAUAAUUUCAAAAUAUCUUAUCAUGAAGUCGAAACCUACAAUGGUGAUAGUAACACCAUUCUGAGCAACAACACGAGUGUUAUGCUGGAGAGUCUUUUGCCUGGGAGGAAUUAUUCUAUAACCGUACAGGCAGUCUCUAAAGAUAUGGAAUCAAAUGAAACAGUAUUAUACAUAGCUACCAGACCGUCCUCACCAAUUAUCGAAGAUCUCAGACCCAUCAAGAAUGGUCUCAACAUUAGCUGGAAGUCUGAUGUUAAUUCGAGACAAGAGAACUAUGAAAUUAUGUACAGAAGGAAUGAUACAAACGAUGUCCACAAGCAGAUCAGUACAGAUUCCAAUUUAGUGAUCAGAGAUUUACAUCCUGGUGCUGGUUAUGAAGUCAGAGUUUUUGCCAUAAGUCAUGGAUUGAAAAGUGAACCACACGAUUAUUUCCAAGCAGUUUAUCCAAAUCCUCCACAAAAUAUGAGCGUGCAGAAAGUCCAAAGCAAUUCCGUGCUGGUACAUUGGACGGAGCCUGAAGAUUCUACAUUUUCUGAAUAUGCCAUCAGAUAUCGUACAGAAUCUGAUAAACAGUGGGUGCGACUGUCGGCUGUGAAGGUAACUGAGGCUGAAAUAACAGAUAUGACUCCUGGUGAAAAAUAUACGAUUCAAGUGAACACUGUCAGCUAUGGUGUCGAGAGUUCUAGUCCACAACAAGCCAACCACACAGUCCGUCCUAAUCAAAUCGAAAACAUAACUCCCAUAACGGAUUCUAACAACAUAACACUGGAAUAUCCCAGACCGGAAGGAAGAAUUGAGAACUAUGUUAUCAGCUGGUGGCCUACGGAAGAUCCUAGUCAGAUCCAGAAGAAGAAUAUCUCAGAGAAUGAUAAUUUUGAUGAGAACAAACCUGUAAGGAUUUUAAUCGGGGAUUUGAAACCAGGAGUGGAAUAUAAAUUUGAGAUUUACACAACAUCUUAUGGUUUGAACAGCGAUAAAACAGAACUCGUUACUAGAACAAUGCCUCUAAUCCAGUCCGAACUGGUGGUCAUCAACGACCAGGUGUCCAGAGACAGUCUAACCUUACGCUACACUCCAACACCUCAACAGAGUUCAAGAUUCGAUGCCUAUAGAUUUGCUUUGGGCAGAGAAUUGGUCCAAGAAAAAUCUGCAGAUGAUGAAGAGAGACGUGUUAAAUUCACUGGACUCACACCAGGAAAACUAUAUGAUAUCACAGUGUGGACUGUGAGCGAUGGAGUUCUGAGCCAACCUUUGAAACGACAGGAUCGAAUAUAUCCUGAGCCUAUUACUGGUAUAAACGCGACCAAAAUAUCAGCACAUGAGAUCACUCUGCAAUGGGAUGCUCCCAAAGGGGAGUACGAUGUUUUUGAAGUGCAGUAUUUGAAUGCUGAUUCGUCUUUGUUGCAGACGAUUAGAAAAGAGAAUAUUACUAUUGAUAAUUUGAAACCUUACAGGAACUACACAUUCACCGUAGUAGUCCGUUCCGGCAACCACUCUACGGUGCUGCGUUCAAGUCUCCCGGUCUCCGCCUCGUGGACUUUAGAAUCGACUCCGGAGCGCGUCGAACGUUUCGCACCGACCGACAUCAGGCCGAACGAAGUCGCCUUCGAAUGGUACCUGGCGAAGGACAAGAACGGUGUGCUGAAGAGAUUCACCAUAACUUACGGAGAGGAGAACCAUCCUGAUGGAAAUGCUGUUAAUAGGACUGAUUUCGAUCCGCAGGAGACACAGGGUGUGAUACGAGAUUUGGUUCCUGGUAAAACGUAUGUGUUUAAAAUCAGAUGAGCUGAGACCAGAGUUGGAUAUGGUCCAGAAUCAAUCUGGAAGUUGCAGAUGCCCAUUUUGGCACCUCCUCAACCCAAUUCUCAAGUGGUUCCUACAGAGGUGUGUAAGAGUUCGACAACAUUCGAAUCAGGUUUAGGAAAAAACUACUUCUCAGAAAAGAAUGGUGCUAUAACAUCCUAUAUACCAUCAUUAGUAGCAGAAGACGAUACAAACCUCAUCAGGCUUAGAAAUGUUGAGCGGAGAGACGUGCAAGGAUUGAGAGUGUGGCUACCCAUAUCAAGCAGUUAUCCUUAUUACCCCUUUAAGAAUGCAUCAGUGGAAGAUUUUACAAUCGGUACAGAAGACUGUGAGUCUAAAAAGAAGAGUUCGGGUUAUUGCAAUGGCCCGCUUAAAGCAGGGGCUACUUAUAGUGUUAAAGUGAGAGCUUUUACAGCCCGAGAUAAGUUUACGGAUACUCAUUACAGUUUCAGAAUUCAAACAGAUCAAGACAACACCCCAAUAAUAGUGGGCGUGACUGUUCCCCUGAUAUGCAUCCUGCUGCUUCUGGUGACGGUGAUAGUGCUUCGAAGGCGCAGGAAUGCGAAUAGAAAGGCGACUGAGGCCAGACAUAGCGACGCCAUGUCUUUGCCUGACAGCGUCGCAGACACCACCAGACCUGUCAGGAUUGAAAACUUUGCCGAACACUACAGGAUCAUGUCGGCCGACAGCGAUUUCAGGUUCAGUGAAGAAUUUGAGGAAUUGAAACAUGUAGGUCGUGAACAGCCCUGUACUUUUGCUGAUCUACCUUGCAACCGACCGAAGAACAGGUUCACUAACAUCUUGCCUUAUGAUCACUCACGAUUCAAACUGCAACCGGUUGAUGACGAGGAAGGAUCUGAUUAUAUCAAUGCUAAUUAUGUACCGGGUCAUAAUUCUCCAAGGGAGUUCAUAGUAACCCAAGGGCCCUUGCAUUCAACAAGAGACGAUUUCUGGAGGAUGUGCUGGGAGAGUAACUCAAGGGCCAUUGUUAUGUUGACGAGAUGUGUGGAGAAGGGACGAGAGAAGUGUGAUCACUAUUGGCCCUACGACACUUUACCAGCUUACUACGGUGAUAUCUGUGUCACUAUUCUGAAUGAUAGUCAUUAUUUGGACUGGAGUGUCACUGAAUUCAUGAUGACAAGGGGAGAAACUCAGCGUGUAAUGAAACACUUCCACUUUACAACGUGGCCUGAUUUCGGUGUCCCAUCUCCUCCUCAAACUUUGGUGAGGUUUGCAAGAGCCUUCCGGGAAAGAGUUGGUCCUGAACAGAGGCCUGUGGUUGUACAUUGUAGUGCUGGUGUCGGUAGAUCUGGUACAUUUAUUGCACUCGAUAGGAUAUUGCAGCAGAUCAGGGUCAAUGAUUAUGUGGAUAUAUUUGGAAUUGUGUGGCAAAUGCGCAAAGAACGUGUAUGGAUGGUCCAAACGGAACAACAGUACAUCUGCAUACACCAAUGUCUUCUGGCUGUCCUCGAAGGCCGAGACAACACAGGACCUCCAAGAGAGAUACACGAGAACCAAGGAUUUGAAGAUGAUGAAGGCAUAGCCGAGUCCGGCAUGUGAUAUGUGAACGAGUGCUAAUAUUAAUAUUUUAUCCCUAUAUUAAAUUAUUAUUAAACAAUUUAAAUCGAAGACAAUGUUUGUGUUGCAAAGAAUUGUUUUUAACGAAUGGUGAUUACUAAAUAAGAUUUUAUUUAAACUUUUAACUUAAACUAUUAAGUUUUACGUAUGUGAAUGGUGGAAUAGUUAUAUAUUUCUAUAUUUAUAAACAAAAAAUGCAAUAUGUACUUCAUGAUAUUAUAUGAGCGAAUCGGAAAUUGUGUGUAUGUGGUAAUUGAUUUAGGUGUAAGUGGAAAUGUGGAUUUUAACACUAAACUGAGAAAUAAUUUAUUAACCAGAUUUUCUGGUGGAAACAAACUUCUCCUUUAAGAUUUAGUGUUAAAAGUUUUCAAUCAAUCUAUAUUGUAUAUUGAUUCAAGUAUUUUUAACUCGUAGCCCAC